GCUAUUCAUCGUGGGAUGAAACUGAGGAGCUAGCGAAAUGAUUUCAGCAAAACGGGAUUGUUCGCACCGUUGUGUCUUCACACUUGAGAUCGACAAGUUGCCCUCACACGUGUCUUUCAUCCAAGACCAUGUAGAUGUAUGCAUACGAUAGCAUCAUGAACACUUGUGCAAUUGUGACAUUGUCAUAUAGGGUCGACGUCAAACUCCGAGCAGCCAGGCGGGACAAGUUCCAUGCCGAUGCCCAUGCCCCACCAGACUAGCCCCACACUAAUUCUAGGACCCUGACCACCAUCAACCUCACCAACAAAUCAAACAACAACGACUCUUCUCCAAUGCCUCCAGUUCCAAUUCCUACCACUCCUAGAAUCGUCAUAUAUUAUCAGACGCAACAUCAUUCCGAUGGCAAAUUAUGUUCAAUAUUACCUAUCAUAACCAAACCGAACAUCUCGGUGACACAUGUCAAUGUCGCCGCAAUUCAUCUCAAUGAUCCCCCAGGAAAUAUAACUCUGAACGAUCAUGCACCUCACCAUGAACGAUUUGUUACCAUGUGGGCGGAACUUCGAAUCCUCCAAGCCUCCGGAAUAAAAGUAAUGGGAAUGCUUGGCGGGGCAGCAAAGGGUUCGUUCACCCGACUCGAUCAAGACGAUAUCACAUUCGAACUCUACUACAUUCCUUUACGAAAUCUCAUCCGCGAACGAGGUCUCGACGGCUUAGAUCUUGAUGUUGAGGAAGAAAUGACUUUGGCUGGAAUAAUUCGAUUGAUCGAUCGACUGAAGGCGGAUUUUGGAGCUGGAUUCAUCAUUACACUUGCACCUGUGGCUGCGGCAUUGGUAUCUGAUCUUCCAAAACAUAAUCUGAGCGGAUUCAACUACGAAGCGCUGGAGGUUAUGAGAGGAAGCAGUAUUGACUGGUACAAUACCCAGUUCUAUUGUGGGUGGGGGGAUAUGAGUAAGACGGCUGGAUAUGAUAUGAUGAUGAUGAGGGGAUGGCCUGCACAUAAAAUAGUGGUGGGUAUGGUUACCAAUCCAGGGAAUGGUAGUGGAUGGGUGCCUUUUGAGGUUUUGCAGGAAGUACUUCUCAAUCUGAAGUUGAGGUAUCCUACAUUUGGUGGGGUGAUGGGUUGGGAAUAUUUCAAUUCGUUGCCGGGAGAUAGGGAUAGACCGUGGGAAUGGGCGGCUUGGAUGACAAGGGUCUUGGGAAAACUACCAGUAUCUGCACCAAAGCAGCCGAUGACGAGUGCCAGUGUGAUAGCGGAGGUAGAGACCCAGAAGCCGCUUGUGAGUAGAAAUGUGGAUGAUGAUCUUGAAGGAGAUGCUCCUUUACCUUCGGAAUUCGAGUAUCAUUCCGAGGGCUAUGGAGAUGAGGAUUAAUGAUACCCUGCUUCAUAUAGCUCUAUCCAAAAAUUUAAGUUUUCUCGCGUGCUUAACUUCGUGCUUUUCAUUUCAUAAAUAUCAGUGGCACUCAGCAUCACUUUUCGUCAGUCCAAUCCUAUCAAUGUUCCCGCACUCAAACA